AUGAAGAUGAAGUUCGUUGUUGGAAGUUGGAACAUGCAUCGAUUCCAUGUUAAUGCUUCGCCCGAUGAUGACUUCCGCUCAUCACGUAACAUAGCGAUCAGUUUAUUCAAGCGGUAUAAGAAAGUUAUUGAUCGAGGAGGAGGUGGAGAAAACCUAAAAGAGUUUGUCAGUGCUGGAGUGACCGCAUAUGCACUAGGGUGUACAGAUGAGGGGCUUAGAAAGGAACUUAUGGAUAUUGAAGAUUCUGGUCUAGAGAUUGAAGGCUUAGGGUCCUUAGGGGGGACCAGCUCGAAGUUCCAAGUCCACUCAUUUGAGACUCGCGAGUGCAUUCUGUGGCUGAGUAUAGUGUUCAUCACAAUAUUGUGCACACCACAACUAACAGUUACCAGGUGGUCUACUAACCCACCGGUGUCAGCUGACGUCUUGCAUCAGUGGAAAGGAUUUUGUGCUAUAAUCGCAAACGCUUACUAUGUCAAAGGAAUGGCAUGGUUACCAGUGAAAACCUUGCAGCUGGAACAGAUGGCUGUCACAGGAAAUUCAGAGGAACCAUCAGUAGUUGCUAGCCGCAUGCAGUUAGUUUUCAGCACAUUAGAGGUAGUCAGCCCACAGUGGCCAAGAGUGUGA